CCGCCCCCCGCCCGGCCCCUGCGCGCCGAGGUGCGCGCGCCCGCGCGUAUGUGUGUGAGUGCGUGUCCUGCUCGCUCCAUGUUGCCGCCUCUCCCGGUACCUGCUGCUGCUCCCGGGGCUGCGGGAAAUGCGAGAGGCUGAGCCGGGGAGGAGGAACCCGAGCAGCAGCGGCGGCGGCGGCCGCGGCGGCGGCGGCGGGAGGAGCCCCCCAGGAGGAGGACCGGGAUCCAUGUGUCUUUCCUGGUGACUAGGAUGUCGUCGGAGGAGGACAAGAGCGCGGAGCAGCCGCAGCCGCCGCCACCACCCCCCGAGGAGCCCGGAGCCCCGGCCCCGAGCCCCGCAGCCGCAGACAAAAGACCUCGGGGCCGGCCUCGCAAAGAUGGCGCUUCCCCUUUCCAGAGAGCCAGAAAGAAGCCUCGAAGUAGAGGAAAAACUACCGUGGAAGAUGAGGACAGCAUGGAUGGGCUGGAGACAACAGAAACGGAAAAUAUUGUGGAAGCAGAAAUCAAAGAGCAGUCUGCGGAGGAGGAUGCUGAAGCCGAAGCGGACAGCAGCCGACAGCUGGUGCCGGCCCUUCAGCGCUCUGUGUCGGAGGAAUCCGCGAGCUCCCUGGUCUCCGUCGGCGUGGAAGCCAGAAUCAGUGAACAGCUCUGCGCUUUUUGUUAUUGUGGUGAAAAGAGUUCCUUAGGACAAGGAGACUUAAAGCAGUUUAGAGUAACACCUGGGUUUAUCUUGCCGUGGAAAAGCCAGUCUUCUAACAAGAAGGACAUUGAUGACAACAGCAGUGGAACCUGUGAGAAAAUACAAAACUCAGCACCACGAAAACAAAGAGGACAGAGAAAAGAACGAUCUUCUCUGCAGAAUAUCGUAUCUUGUGUAAGUGUAAGCACGCAGACCGCUUCAGAUGAUCAGGCUGGUAAAUUGUGGGAUGAACUCAGUCUGGUUGGCCUUCCUGAUGCUAUCGAUAUCCAAGCCUUAUUUGAUCCUACAGGCACUUGCUGGGCUCAUCACCGCUGUGUGGAGUGGUCACUGGGCGUGUGCCAGAUGGAGGAACUGUCGUUAGUGAACGUGGACAAAGCUGUUGUCUCAGGGAGCACAGAACGAUGUGCAUUUUGUAAGCACCUUGGAGCCACUAUCAAAUGCUGUGAAGAGAAAUGCACCCAGACGUACCAUUAUCCUUGUGCUGCGGGAGCCGGGACCUUUCAGGACUUUCGGAACUUCUUCCUUCUCUGUCCAGAGCACAUCGACCAAGCUCCUGAGAGAUCAAAGGAAGAUGCAAACUGUGCAGUGUGCGACAGCCCGGGAGACCUCUUAGAUCAGUUCUUUUGUACUACUUGUGGUCAGCACUAUCAUGGAAUGUGCCUGGAUAUAGCGGUCACUCCGUUAAAACGUGCAGGUUGGCAAUGUCCUGAGUGCAAAGUGUGCCAGAACUGCAAACAAUCGGGAGAAGAUAGCAAGAUGCUAGUGUGUGAUACGUGUGACAAAGGGUAUCAUACUUUUUGUCUUCAACCAGUUAUGAAAUCAGUACCAACCAAUGGCUGGAAAUGCAAAAAUUGCAGAAUAUGUGUAGAGUGUGGCACACGAUCUAGUUCUCAGUGGCACCACAAUUGCUUGGUAUGUGACAGUUGUUACCAACAACAGGAUAACUUAUGUCCUUUCUGUGGGAAGUGCUACCAUCCAGAAUUGCAGAAAGACAUGCUUCAUUGUAAUAUGUGCAAAAGAUGGGUUCACUUAGAAUGUGACAAGCCAGCAGAUCAUGAGCUGGAUUCUCAGUUCAGAGAAGAGUACAUCUGCAUGUAUUGUAAACACAUAGCCGCGGAGAUGGAUCCGUUACAGGCAAGUGACGGAGUGGAGAUGGCCGAAGUCACUGCAGAUUAUAACAAUGAGAUGGAAGUUGAGGGACCUGAGGACCACAUGGUAUUUCCAGAGCGAGCGGUUAAUAAAGAGAUCAAUGGUCAGGAGUCCACACCUGGAAUUGUUCCAGACGCAGUUCCCAUCCACACAGAAGAGCAGCAGAAGAGUAAUCUACCAGGAAGUCUUGAUACACAUGGUCUUCUCGCUUCUGAAUCCUCCCAAGAUAAAAUGAAUCCUGAAAUGGAAAAUCAGAUUUCUCAUGAAGUUGAUAGUGAAAAAAUGGAAAUGUCUUCUAAAGUGAUGCAUGUUUGUGAAGAUCGAAAUGAAAACAAAAUGGAAGUGACAGAAAAUGUUGACGUCCAUGCACAGCAGAUCAUUGUGCGGCACGAGGACCCGCGGUUAGAGGAACUCAGAAUGUUGGCGUCUGCAGAAGAAUCACGUCCUCCAAAAUUGACCAUUGAAUCUGCCGCUGUUCCACCAGAUGCCGUAGUGUCCCCGUGUGAGGAAGGUACUGCUUUAUGUCCUAAGGAGCAGCUGGCUGUAGAAAGGGUACAAGAAGAAACGGAACAGAAACCAAGUUCUGACUCUUCCACUGCAUUUACGGACUUUGAAAUGGCUCCUGCAGUCGAGGGCUGUGUGAAAGAUGGUUUAUGCCAAGAAGACAAACCUGUGAAAUUACCACCCGAGACAGAGCUGUCAUUUGUGUCUGCCGUAGACGUAAAGGCAAAUGUGUCUUCCUCUCCGCUUUCUUCAGACUUGCCUUCCCACGACAUACUGCACACUUACCCUUCAACCCUCAGUGCUUCUGUUGGAAACAUUCUGCCGACAACAUAUAUCUCAGUCACUCCAAAAAUCGGCAUGGGUAAACCAGCUAUUACCAAAAGAAAAUUUUCUCCUGGUAGACCUCGGUCCAAACAGGGGGCUUGGAGUACCCAUAACACAGUGAGCCCACCUUCCUGGUCCCCAGACAUUUCAGAAGGUCGGGAAAUUUUUAAACCCCGGCAACUUCCUGGCAGUGCCAUUUGGAGCAUCAAAGUGGGCCGCGGGUCAGGAUUUCCCGGGAAGCGGAGACCCCGUGGUGCAGGAUUGUCAGGACGAGGUGGCAGAGGCAGGUCAAAACUGAAAAGUGGAAUCGGGGCAGUUGUGUUACCUGGGGUAAGCAGUGCUGAUGUUUCAUCCAACAAGGACGAGGAAGAAAACUCCAUGCACAACAGUGUGCUGUUUUCCAGUAGCGACAAGUUCACCUUGCACCAGGAUAUGUGUGUAGUUUGUGGCAGUUUUGCAGGAGCAGAGGGAAGAUUACUUGCCUGUUCUCAGUGUGGUCAGUGUUACCAUCCAUAUUGUGUCAGUAUUAAGAUCACUAAAGUCGUUCUUAGCAAAGGUUGGAGGUGCCUGGAGUGUACUGUGUGUGAGGCCUGUGGGAAGGCGAGUGACCCCGGAAGACUCCUGCUCUGUGAUGACUGUGACAUAAGCUACCACACCUACUGCCUCGCCCCUCCUCUGCAGACCGUGCCCAAGGGGGGCUGGAAGUGCAAAUGGUGUGUUUGGUGCAGGCACUGUGGAGCGACGUCUGCGGGUCUGCGAUGUGAGUGGCAGAACAACUACACACAGUGUGCUCCCUGUGCAAGCCUGUCUUCCUGCCCCGUCUGCUGUCGGAACUACCGAGAAGAAGACCUUAUUCUGCAGUGCAGACAGUGUGAUAGAUGGAUGCACGCAGUUUGUCAGAACUUAAGUACUGAAGAGGAAGUGGAGAAUGUAGCCGACAUUGGUUUUGACUGUAGCAUGUGCAGACCCUACAUGCCUACAUCAAAUGUGCCUUCCUCAGACUGCUGUGAAUCCUCCCUCGUAGCACAGAUUGUCACAAAAGUGAAAGAGCUAGAUCCACCCAAGACGUACACCCAGGAUGGCGUGUGUUUGACUGAAUCAGGGAUGACUCAGUUACAGAGCCUCACAGUUACAGUUCCCCGAAGAAAACGGUCAAAACCAAAGCUGAAGUUGAAGAUUAUAAAUCAAAACAGUGUUGCCGUCCUUCAGACCCCUCCAGACAUCCAGUCAGAACAUUCAAGGGAUGGAGAAAUGGAUGAUAGUCGAGAAGGAGAACUUCUGGAUUGUGAUGGUAAAUCAGAAUCUAGUCCUGAACGGGAAGCUGUGGAUGAUGAAGCUAAGGGAGUAGAAGGAACAGAAGGUGUAAAAAAGAGAAAAAGGAAACCAUACCGACCAGGUAUUGGUGGAUUUAUGGUACGGCAAAGGAGUCGAACUGGGCAAGGAAAAACAAAAAGAUCUGUCAUCAGAAAAGAUUCCUCAGGCUCUAUUUCUGAGCAGUUACCUAACAGAGAUGAUGGCUGGAGCGAGCACUUACCAGAUGCUCUAGUUGACGAAUCCGUUUCUGUUACUGAAAACACUGAAAAAAUAAAGAAGAGAUACCGAAAACGGAAAAAUAAGCUCGAAGAAACUUUCCCUGCCUACUUACAAGAAGCUUUCUUUGGAAAAGAUCUUCUAGAUACAAGUAGACAAAACAAGCUAAGUUUAGAUAAUUUGUCAGAAGAUACAGCUCAGCUUUCAUAUAAAACAAACAUGAACACAAAUUUCUUGGAUCCUUCCUUAGAUCCACUGCUUAGUUCCUCCUCAACUCCAGCAAAACCCGGGACUCACGGUACGACUGAUGACCCCUUAGCUGAUAUUUCUGAAGUCUUAAACACAGAUGAUGACAUUCUUGGAAUAAUUUCUGAUGACCUUGCAAAAUCAGUUGAUCAUUCAGGUCUUCAUUUAUGCACUUUCCAGGUUGAGAGCUCACCUUUUCCAUUUGCCGGAAUAGAUAUUGGUCCUGUUGCUGAUGACCCGUCCUCUUUGCCUCAGCCAAGUGUCAAUCCAGGCUCCCGACCAUUAAGUGAAGAGCAGCUGGACGGAAUCCUCAGUCCUGAGCUAGACAAGAUGGUCACAGAUGGAGCGAUUCUUGGGAAGUUAUAUAAAAUUCCAGAGCUUGGAGGGAAGGAUGUUGAAGACUUGUUCACUGCUGUGCUGAGUCCUGCAGCCCCUCAGCCGGCCGCGUUCCCGCAGCCUCCCCCGCCCCCAGUGCCGCAGCUGGUGCCCAUACACAGUCAGGAUGUUUUUUCCCGGAUGCCACUCAUGAAUGGCCUUAUCGGACCCAGCCCUCAUCUCUCACACAAUUCUUUGCCUCCAGGCAGUGGAUUGGGAACUUUCUCUGCCAUAGCACAGUCUCCUUAUGCUGACGCCAGGGAUAAAAAUCCAGCAUUUAAUCCAAUGGCAAGUGAUCCUAACAGCUCUUGGACAUCAUCAGCUCCCACGGGGGAAGGAGAAAACGAUACAAUGUCAAAUGCCCAGAGAAGUACACUGAAGUGGGAGAAGGAGGAGGCUCUGGGAGAAAUGGCAACAGUAGCGCCCGUUCUCUACACAAACAUUAAUUUCCCCAACCUGAAGGAGGAAUUCCCUGACUGGACCACCAGAGUGAAACAGAUUGCCAAGCUGUGGAGAAAAGCCAGCUCACAGGAAAGAGCGCCUUACGUGCAAAAGGCCCGAGACAACAGAGCUGCUUUACGCAUUAAUAAAGUGCAGAUGUCAAAUGACCCGCUGAAGAGGCAGCAGCAGCAGGACAGCGUCGAUCCCAGUUCUCGUGUUGACUCGGACCUCUUUAAAGACCCAUUAAAGCAGCGAGAAUCAGAGCAUGAACAGGAAUGGAAAUUUAGACAGCAAAUGCGUCAGAAGAGCAAGCAGCAGGCUAAGAUAGAAGCCACGCAGAAGCUCGAGCAGGUCAAGAACGAGCAGCAGCAGCAGCAGCAGCAGCAGCAGCUCGGGGCGCAGCCCCUCCUGGCCCCUUCCGGCUCGGACACACCCAGCAGCGGGAUGCAGAGCCCCCUGACCCCCCAGCCUGGCAACGGAAGUGUGUCUCCGGCGCAUUCGUUCCAUAAAGACCUGUUUGCGAAGCAGCUCCCCGGCACCCCCACCUCUGCGCCAUCGGAUGACGUGUUUGUAAAACCACAGGCCCCUCCUCCUGCGGCAGCCCCGGCCCGCAUGCCGGUGCAGGAGGGCCUGCCACAGCCUCAGGCCUGUCAGCCAGCCUCCCCGCAGGUGUUCUCGCCGGGAUCCUCUCACUCCCGACCGCCAUCUCCAGUGGAUCCUUACGCGAAAAUGGUUGGUACCCCAAGACCACCUCCUGGGGGCCAUAGUUUUUCCAGAAGAAACUCUGCUACGCUGGCGGACAGCUGUGCCCCUCUGCCUUCAGUCUCUAGGCCUGCUCAGAUGAGUGAAACAACAGCAAAUAGGCCGUCCCCAGUCAGAGAUGUAUGUUCUUCCUCCACAACGAAUAGUGACCCCUAUGCAAAGCCUCCGGACACACCUAGACCCAUGAUGACAGAUCAGUUUCCCAAACCCUUGGGCCUCCCCCGACCCCCUAUAGUUUCCGAACAAACUGCAAAAGGUCCUCUCGCAGCUGGAACCAAUGAUCACUUUACUAAACCAUCUCCGAGGACAGAUGUAUUUCAAAGACAGCGGAUAGCUGACCCAUACACACGACCCUUGUUGACACCUGCCCCUCUUGAUGGGGGUCCUGGACCUUUUAAGACUCCAAUGCAGCCCCCUCCAUCUUCCCAGGAUCCCUAUGGAUCCGUGUCACAGCCACCAAGGCGAUUGUCUAUUGAUCCUUAUGAAAGGCCUACUUUAACACCAAGACCUGUAGAUAACUUUCCUCAUAACCAGUCAAGUGACCCAUAUAGCCAGCCUCCCCUAACCCCACAUCCGGCAAUGAAUGAAUCUUUUGCUCAUCCUUCAAGGGCUUUUUCCCACCCUGGAACCAUGUCAAGGCCAACAUCUCAGGACCCAUAUUCCCAACCCCCAGGAACUCCACGACCUGUUGUAGAUUCUUAUUCCCAACCCUCAGGAACAUCUCGCUCCAAUCCAGACCCUUACUCUCAACCUCCUGGAACCCCCCGGCCCACCACGAUUGACCCUUACAGUCAGCAGCCACCAACCCCGAGGCCGUCUACACAGGCAGACUUGUUCGUUACAUCUGCCGCUAAUCAGAGGCAUGCGGAUCCGUAUGCCCAUGCCCCUGGAACACCAAGACCUGGGAUUUCUGUUCCUUACUCUCAGCCACCAGCAACACCAAGGCCAAGGAUUUCGGAGGGUUUUACUAGGUCCUCGAUGACAAGACCAGUCCUCAUGCCAAAUCAGGAUCCUUUCCUGCAAGCAGCACAGAAUCGAGGAGCAGCUUUAUCUGGCCCGUUGAUAAGGCCACCUGAUGCAUGUCCCCAAACGCCUAGGCCACCUGGACCUGGUAUUUCAGACACGUUUAGCCGAGUCUCCCCAUCUGCUACUCGUGACCCCUAUGAUCAGCCUCCAAUGACUCCGAGAUCUCAGUCUGACUCUUUCGGAGCAAGUCAAGUCACACAUGAUACUGUUGAUCAGUCGAGGCCUGGCUCGGAGGGGAGCUUCGGCGCGCCUUCACACUCUCCAAUGACUUCUCAAAGCCAACAGUUUUCCGGCGUCUCCCAUCUUCCUGGACCUGUACCUACUUCGGGAGUCACUGAUACACAGAAUACCGUAAAUAUGUCACAAGCAGAGACAGAGAAAUUGAGACAGCGGCAGAAGUUGCGUGAGAUCAUCCUCCAGCAGCAGCAGCAGAAGAAGCUGGCAGGCCGGCAGGAGAAGGGGUCGCAGGACCCUGCGGCGGUGCCUCACUCGGCGCCCUUGCCACGCUGGCAGCCUGAGAGCGUCAGCCAGGCUUUCAGCCGGCCUCCACCCCCCUAUCCUGGGAACAUCACGUCACCCGUUGUCCCUCCUCUAGGACCCAGAUACGCAGUUUUCCCAAAAGAUCCACGUGGCCCCUAUCCUCCUGAAGUUACCAGUAUGGGGAUGAGGCCUCAUGGAUUCAGAUUUGGCUUUCCAGGAGGUAGUCAUGGUACCCUGUCAAGUCAAGAACGCUUCCUUGUACCUCCUCAACAGAUACAAGGAUCCGGGGUUCCUCCACAGCUGAGAAGAUCGAUAUCUGUAGAUAUGCCAAGGCCUUUAAAUAACGCACAGAUGAAUAAUCCCGUUGGCCUUCCUCAGCAUUUUCCACCACAGAGUCUGCCGGUUCAGCAGCAUAACAUACUGGGCCAAGCAUUUAUUGAACUGAGGCAUAGGGCCCCUGAUGGAAGGCCACGGCUGCCCUACACUGCUUCUCCUGGCAAUGUCACAGAGGUACCUUCUCAUCCAAGACAUGGAAACUUCAUUCCCCGGCCUGACUUUCCAGGCCCUAGACACACAGAGCCCGUGAGACGACCUUCUCAAGGUCUACCAACUCAGCUGCCUUUGCAUCCAAAUUUGGAACAAGUGCCACCAUCUCAGCAAGACCAAGGUCAUCCUGCCCAUCCAUCUUCUAUGGUCAUGAGGUCUCUAAGUCAUCCCUUAGAUGGAGAAUUUUCAGAGGCCUCUUUGUCAACAUCUGCAUCAGCUGAAACAACAUCUGAUAAUUUACAGAUAACCACCCAAUCUUCUGAUGGUCUUGAAGAAAAACUUGAUUCUGAUGACCCAUCUGUAAAGGAACUAGAUGUUAAAGAUCUUGAAGGGGUUGAAGUCAAAGACUUGGAUGAUGAAGAUCUUGAAAAUUUAAAUCUAGAUACAGAAGAUGGCAAGGGAGAUGAAUUGGAUACUUUAGGUAAUUUGGAAACUAAUGAUCCCAACCUGGAUGACCUCUUAAAGUCAGGAGAAUUUGAUCUCAUUGCAUAUACAGAUCCCGAACUUGACCUAGGAGAUAAGAAAAGCAUGUUUAAUGAGGAACUAGACCUUAAUGUUCCGAUUGAUGAUAAGAUAGAUAAUCAGUGUGUAUCUAUUGAACCAAAAAAAAAGGAGCAAGAGGACAAAACUGUGGUUCCUCCUGAUAAACAUUCUCCAUGGAAAAAAUCCACGAGUACCAGUGAGAUAAAAACAGAAGUACUAUCUCCAAAUUCUAAAGGGGAAACCAAAUGUGAAACUGAGAAAAGUGAUGAGAGUAAGGAUAAUGUUGACACUCCCUGCUCACAGGCUUCUGCUCACACAGACAUAAAUGAUGGAGAGAAGGCUUCCUUGCAGUCCUGUGACACAGACCUACUUGAGAAAAGAGCUAAUCGAGAAACUGCUGCUUCCAACACAAGUGGUGUGCGUGGCUCCACUCAGCUGCCCACUGAGGACGUAAUAAACUCCUGCAGCAUAACUGUAUCUACUCCAGUUCUCUCAAGUUUACUUGCUAAUGAAAAAUCCGAUAAUGCAGACGUUAGGCCUUUGGGGUCUCCACCACCAACUUUGCCAGCCUCACCGUCCAAUCAUGUGUCGAGUUUGCCGCCUCCUUUGAUGACACCACCUGGUCACGUUUUGGACGGUACCGUGAAUUCUAAUGUGGCAGUCGUCUCUAGAGUAAACCAUACUUUUCCUCAGGGUGUGCAGGUAAAUCCAGGAUUCAUUCAGGCUCAGUCAGCAGUUAAUCAUGGUUUUGGGACCGGAAAACCUACAAAUCAAACUGUGCCUCUAACAAACCAGUCUGGUACUAGUGGCAUGUCUGGACCCCAGCAGCUAAUGGUCCCUCAGACAUUAGCCCAGCAGAAUAGAGAGAGGCCCCUCCUUCUAGAGGAACAGCCUCUGCUUCUACAGGAUCUUCUGGACCAAGAGAGACAAGAACAGCAACAGCAGAGACAGAUGCAAGCCAUGAUUCGCCAGCGGUCAGAGCCAUUCUUCCCAAACAUCGAUUUUGAUGCAAUUACAGAUCCUAUAAUGAAAGCCAAAAUGGUGGCCCUUAAAGGCAUAAAUAAAGUAAUGGCACAAAACAAUAUGGGCAUGCCACCAAUGGUUAUGAACAGGUUCCCCUUUAUGGGCCAGUCGGUGACUGGAGCGCAGACUGGUGAAGGUCAGAGUCUCCUCCCCCAGGCAAUCUCGCAGGAUGGCAGUAUAACACAUCAGAUUUCUAGGCCUAAUCCUCCAAAUUUUGGUCCAGGCUUUGUCAAUGAUUCACAGCGUAAGCAGUAUGAAGAAUGGCUUCAGGAGACCCAACAGCUUCUUCAGAUGCAGCAGAAAUAUCUUGAAGAACAAAUUGGUGCACACAGAAAAUCUAAGAAAGCCCUUUCAGCAAAACAACGUACUGCCAAGAAAGCGGGGCGUGAAUUUCCAGAAGAGGAUGCAGAACAGCUCAAGCAUGUUACUGAACAGCAAAGCAUGGUUCAGAAACAGCUAGAACAGAUCCGCAAGCAGCAGAAGGAGCACGCCGAGCUGAUCGAGGACUACCGCAUCAAACAGCAGCAGCAGCAGCAGCAGCAGCAGUGCGCGAUGGCCCCACCUCCCGUGAUGCCGGGCAUCCAGCCGCAGCCGCCGCUCGUCCCGGGCGCUGCCCCGCCUGCGCUGAGCCAGCCCGGCUUCCCCAUGGUGCCACAGCCGCUGCCACACGCAGCGGUCAUUUCGGGCCAUGCUAGUCCUGCUAGAAUGCCUGGCUUGCCGGGGUGGCCGCCUCCCAGUGCUGCUGCCCACCUGCCCCUUAAUCCUGUGAGGAUGCAGCCUCCCGUCGCCCAGUUACCAGUAAGAACUUGCACACCGGCCCCGGGGACGGCGCCCGGUGCGAAUCCACAGAGUGGACCGCCACCGCGGGUAGAGUUUGAUGACAAUAACCCAUUCAGUGAAAGCUUCCAGGAACGGGAACGGAAGGAACGUUUACGAGAACAGCAGGAAAGACAACGAAUCCAGCUCAUGCAAGAGGUAGACAGGCAGAGAGCUCUCCAGCAGGGCGGGGGGAUGCAGCCUCACGGCCCACUGCGCUCCCAGAUGCCGUUCUACGGUUCCGACCUGCCUUGCGACUUCCCCCCGCCUCCCAGGCCCCAUCAGCAGUCCCCACAGCACCAACAGCAAAUGGGGCCGGGCUCACAGCAGCAGAGUAUGCAGCCGGGACCCAUUAACUCCCCUCCCACACAGACUUUCCUGCAAACUACUGAGCGAAGGCAGGUAGGACCGCCCGUCUUCGUUCCUGAUUCACCCUCAGUCCCUGGUGGAAGCCCGAAUUUCCAUUCUGUCAAGCAGGUGCACGGAGGGCUUCCCGGGGCCGGCUUCCCCCAGUCCCCCGUGAGGCCUCCGUUCCCACCUGCCCUCCCUGCGGCCCCUGCGGUGGCUAACAGCAGUCUCCCUUGUGGCCAAGACCCUGCCACCACCCAUGGACAGAGUUACCCGGGGUCGGCCCAGUCUCUCAUCCAGUUGUAUUCCGACAUAAUCCCCGAAGAAAAAGGGAAAAAGAAAAGAACAAGAAAGAAGAAGAAAGACGAGGAUGUGGAAUCCACCAGGGCGCCGUCCACCCCCCACUCCGACAUAACAGCCCCACCGACCCCGAGUGUCUCAGAAACUACCUCCACGCCCACGGUGAGCACGCCCAGCGAGCCGCCGCCGCAGCCCGACCUGGACUCGGCCGAGCCCGGCCGCCCGUCGACUCCGGGCACAGCGGCCGGCCAGCAGGGCGUGGAGUUGGAAAGCAAGCUGCCCCACAGUGACUUACCGCAGGGAACCCCAAAUCCGCAGACGUGCGCCAACCCGGAGGCAGAGAAGCUCUCCGUGGAACCCCCUGCCCCUGCCGAGGAGGCCACACCAGGGUCGGCUCAGCCGCUGCAGCAGUGUCCGGGCCAGGACGGGCCUGAGCCGGGGGAGCAGACAGGGAGGAAGGCCGAGCAGAGAGUGGUGGCCGGGCCCGUCUCCUCGGGGCAGAGUCCUCCCCGGUCUGCUGGGGCCCCUGCUGCCCAGGGAGAGCCGGGCAAUGAACUUCUGAAACAUCUGCUGAAAAAUAAGAAAUCCUCAUCCCUGUUGAGUCAGAAACCUGAAGGCAGCUUUUGUUCUGAAGAAGACUGCACAAAGGAUAACAAACCAGUUGAGGGACAGAACCCAGUCGAAGGAUUGCGAACUUUGGGGGCUCCAGUGCAAGGUGGUUUUGGAUGUGGCAACAACCACUUGGCAAAAACAGAUGGAGGAAGUGAAACCAAGAAACCUCGAAGCAAACGGACUCAGAGGACAGGGGAGAAGGCUGCACCUCGCUCCAAGAAAAGGAAGAAGGAUGAAGAGGAGAAACUAGCGAUGUACGCCACCGCCGACACCUUCACCCACCUGAAGCAGCAGAAUAAUUUAAGUAAUCCUCCAACACCCCCUGCCUCUCUUCCUCCUACACCACCUCCUAUGGCUUGUCAGAAGAUGGCAAAUGGUUUUGCGACAACUGAAGAACUUGCUGGAAGAGCUGGCGUAUUAAUGAGCCAUGAAGUUACCAAAAGUCUAGGACCUAAACCAUUUCAGCUGCCGUUCAGAGCCCAGGAUGACUUGUUGGCCAGGGCUAUCGCUCAAGGCCCCAAGACAGUGGAUGUUCCAGCUUCCCUGCCAACACCUCCUCAUAAUAAUCAAGAAGAAUUAAGAAUACAGGAUCAUGGUGGUGAUCGGGACACUCCUGACAGUUUUGUUCCCUCGUCCUCCCCUGAGAGUGUGGUUGGGAUGGAAGUGAGCAGAUACCCAGAUUUGUCCUUGGUCAAAGAGGAGCCUCCAGAGCCUGUGCCAUCGCCCAUUAUUCCGAUUCUCCCUAGCAGUGCUGGGAAAGGUUUGGAAUCGAGAAGGAAUGACAUCAAAGCUGAGCCAGGCACUUUAUUUUUCACACCACCUUUUGGUUCAUCCCCAAACGGUCCCAGAUCGGGUCUUAUAUCUGUGGCAAUAACCCUGCAUCCUACGGCUGCUGAGAACAUUAGCAGUGUGGUGGCUGCAUUUUCCGACCUUCUUCACGUCCGAAUUCCUAACAGCUAUGAGGUUAGUAAUGCUCCAGAUGUUCCAUCCAUGGGUUUGGUUGGUAGCCACAGAGUAAACCCAGGCUUGGAGUGUCGACAGCAUUUAUUUCUUCGUGGGCCGCCGCCAGGACCUGCAAACCCUCCCAGAUUAGCCAGCUCGUACCGGCUGAAGCAGCCCGAUGGGCCUUUCCCUCCAACAAGCAAUGGUCUUUCUGGAUAUAAGGACUCUGGUCCCGGGAGAGCAGACAGUGCGGCACUCAGGCCACAGUGGUGCUGUCACUGCAAGGUGGUUGUCCUCGGGAGCGGCGUGCGCAAGUCGUUCAGAGACCUGGCCUUUGUGAGCAAGGAUUCCCGAGAAAGCUCCAAUAGAGUGGAGAAGGACAUUGUCUUUUGUAGUAAUAACUGCUUCAUUCUUUAUGCAUCAACCACACAAGCAAAAAACUCAGAAAGCAAGGAAUCUGCCCCGCCAUUGCCACAGUCGCCCGUGAAGGAGACGCCUUCCAGAGCAUUCCAUCAGUACAGCAACAACAUCUCCACUCUGGACGUGCACUGCCUCCCGCAGCUCCAGGAGGAGGCUUCUCCCCCGGCGUCACCCCCCAUCACUUUCCCUCCGGCGUUUGAAGCAGCCAAAGUAGAGGCAAAGCCAGAUGAGCUCAAGGUAACGGUCAAGUUAAAGCCGCGGCUCAGGACCGUGCACGGCGGGUUUGAAGACUGUCGGCCCAUCAGUAAAAAGUGGCGAGGGAUGAAGUGGAAGAAGUGGAGCGUUCACAUCGUCAUCCCCAAGGGGGGCUUCAAACCGCCUUGUGAGGACGAGAUUGAUGAGUUUCUGAAGAAACUGGGCACUUCCCUCAAACCAGACCCUGUGCCCAAAGACUAUCGAAAGUGUUGCUUCUGUCACGAGGAAGGGGACGGGCUGACCGACGGGCCAGCAAGACUGCUCAACCUUGAUCUGGACCUGUGGGUCCACUUGAAUUGUGCGCUGUGGUCCACAGAGGUCUAUGAGACCCAGGCGGGGGCCCUGAUAAACGUGGAGCUGGCGCUGAGGAGGGGCCUGCAGAUGAAGUGCGUCUUCUGCCACAAGAUGGGCGCCACCAGCGGCUGUCACCGCUUCCGCUGCGCCAACAUUUACCACUUCACCUGCGCCAUUAAAGCACAAUGCAUGUUUUUUAAGGAUAAAACGAUGCUUUGUCCCAUGCACAAACCAAAGGGAAUUCACGAGCAGGAGUUAAGUUACUUCGCCGUCUUCAGGCGGGUCUACGUUCAGCGCGACGAGGUGCGACAGAUCGCCAGCAUCGUGCAGCGCGGGGAGCGUGACCACACGUUCCGCGUGGGAAGCCUCAUCUUCCAUACGAUCGGCCAGCUGCUUCCGCAGCAGAUGCAGGCCUUCCAUUCGCCCAAAGCGCUCUUCCCUGUGGGCUACGAGGCCAGCCGCCUGUACUGGAGCACCCGCUACGCCAACCGGCGCUGCCGCUACCUGUGCUCCAUCGAGGAGAAGGACGGGCGCCCCGUGUUCGUCAUCAGGAUUGUGGAGCAAGGCCACGAGGAUCUGGUCUUAAGUGAUUCGUCUCCUAAAGGUGUUUGGGAUAAAAUUUUGGAGCCCGUGGCAUGCGUGAGAAAACAGUCGGAAAUGCUCCAGCUUUUCCCGGCGUAUCUGAAGGGAGAAGACCUGUUUGGGCUCACGGUGUCUGCAGUGGCGCGGAUCGCGGAGUCCCUCCCGGGGGUGGAGGCGUGCGAGAACUACGCCUUCCGGUACGGCCGCAAUCCUCUCAUGGAGCUCCCCCUCGCCGUGAACCCCACAGGCUGCGCCCGAUCCGAACCUAAAAUGAGUGCCCAUGUCAAGAGGUUUGUGUUAAGGCCUCACACCCUGAACAGCACCAGCACUUCCAAGUCCUUCCAGAGUACUGUCACGGGGGAGCUGAACGCGCCCUACAGCAAGCAGUUCGUGCACUCCAAGUCCUCGCAGUACCGCAAGAUGAAGACCGAGUGGAAGUCCAACGUCUACCUGGCCCGCUCCCGCAUCCAGGGGCUGGGCCUGUAUGCUGCCAGGGACAUCGAGAAGCACACCAUGGUCAUCGAGUACAUCGGCACGAUCAUUCGAAAUGAAGUAGCAAACAGGAAAGAGAAGCUGUAUGAGUCUCAGAACCGUGGCGUGUAUAUGUUCCGCAUGGAUAAUGACCACGUGAUCGAUGCGACACUCACAGGAGGGCCUGCCAGAUACAUCAACCAUUCGUGUGCUCCCAAUUGUGUGGCUGAAGUGGUGACUUUUGAGAGAGGACACAAAAUCAUCAUCAGCUCCAACCGGAGGAUCCAGAAAGGAGAAGAGCUUUGCUAUGACUAUAAGUUUGACUUCGAAGACGACCAGCACAAGAUUCCGUGUCACUGCGGGGCCGUGAACUGCCGGAAGUGGAUGAACUGAGCGCCCCGCGGCCUUGGCCGCGGCUUGUCCCUAGGAAGGAGCGAUUCGACACACCAGUGGCAUUUCGCAGGCGGAAAGAGAUUUUGUUUCCUGUUUUAUGACUUUCUGAAAACUCGCCUCUGGGAGUUCUGAUUCCCUCGGCCCUCCGGGCGGACCAGGACCACAGAGCAGUCCAGCACUUUUGUUUUCUUCUUCUUUCUUUCCUCCUUCUUUCUGUGGGUGGGUUUUGUUUUGUCUUCUGUUUUUGCGUCUCGCUGAGGAGACACUUUGACUGGGGCGAAGAGCCGCUGGCUGCCCUGCCCCGGGCUGGGGGCUUCCUAUGAAUGUACAGACUGAGAUCACCAGCGAAGGGGAGACGGGACGCCCGAAGUGCUGGCCACGGCCUUAUCUGAAACAGGGGCAGGCCCUCUAACUUAAAGAUUUUUUAAAAUAAAGUAGACACCACUGAACAAGGAAUGUACUGAAAUGACUUCCUUAGGGAUAGAGCUAAGGGGUAAUAACUUGCACUAAAAUACAUUUAAAUACUUGAUUCCAUGAGUCAGUUUAUUGUAGUUUUUGAUUUCUGUAAAAUAAGAGAAACUUUUUGUAUUUAUUAUUGAAUAAGUGAAUGAAGCUAUUUUUAAAUAAAAGUUAGAAGAAAGCCAAGCUGCUGCUGUUACCUGCAGAACUAACAGGCCCUGUUACUUUGUACAAAUAUGUAAAUAUUUUGAGAAAAAAAUACAGUAUAAAAAUAGUAUUGACCAAAUGCUACCAGGCUCUGCAGCAGCUCGGGUGCUUGUAAGAUGUUCCUAGGGAUGUCACAGUAUAAUUUUGUGUUCUUAAAUACGCCGUUAUAAUUAUGUAAUAACCAAAAUUUCAGCCUAGAGCAUUUGGGGUUUUUUGGAAACUACGGUCUAUUAGUACUCAAUUGUUUUUAUACACCUUCUGAUAGAACGGAGUGUAGGCUACGACUACGACUUUUAUAGCUGUUUUGGUAAUUUAAACUAACUUUUUCAUAUUAUAUUGUUGCAUCCCUACUUCUUCAGUCAGGUUUUUUUGUGCUUACAAUUUGUGAUAACUGUGAAUAAUGCUUAAAAAUACACCCAAAUGGAGGCUGAACUUUUCUUCAGCGGACGUAGUUUUGACUAGAACUUUGUUUCGAGCUACAGAGAAUCAUGUAAACAUACUAGAUCAUGUAGCAGGACUCCAGCCUAACUCUAGCCUUCUGUUCAACACAAAAAUUUGAAAAGGAAAAAAAAAAAAGCGUUGUGGUCGCGCUUGCAGCUGCAGGACCCCAACGAUAGGAUUUCGGAAGAUGUAAUUUUAAAAUGUGUUUGUAUGAACUGUUUGUUUACAUUUCUUUAAUUAAAAAAACACACUGUUUUGUGUUUGCUUGUAGAAACUUAAUCAGCAUUUUGAACCAGGUUAGCUUUUUAUUUUGUACUUAAAAUUCUGGUACUGACACUUCACAGACUAAGUAUAAAUGAAGUUUUUGUGUGCACAAUUCAAGUGGGCUGUAAACUGUUGGUAUAUCAGUGACGCAGUUCUGAACUUGUAAUGUAUAUGGCAUGAUGUAUUUUUAUCUUACAGAAUAAAUCAAUUGUAUAUAUUUUUCUCUUGAUAAAUAGCUGUAUGAAAUUUGUUUCUUGAAUAUUUUUCUUCUCUUGUACAAUAUUCUGACAUCUUACCAGUAUUUGUCUUACCGGGUUUUUGUUUUCUGUUCUGUAUAAUAGUACCUAAUGUUGGCAAAAAUUGAAUUUUUUGAAGUAUACAGAGUGUUAUGGGUUUUGGAAUUUGUGGACACAGAUUUAGAAGAUCACCAUUUACAAAUAAAAUAUUUUACAUCUA